AUGGCGCAGCAGACACUGGAAUAUCUAUCGCAAGACCAGGUGGAUUUGUUCUAUCGAGAUGGUUACAUCAAGAUACCGGGUUUCUUGUCGAAAGACGAAGCUGACUCGUUGCUAGCACGGUCAAAGCAAUUGUUGGACCAGUUUGACCCAGAGAACCACCCACUCACCAAGUUCACGACGUCAGACCACGACCACGUUGGAGACGAGUAUUUCCUCGAGUCUGGCGACAAGAUUCGCUACUUCUUGGAGGAAGAUGCCGUUGGUGCGGACGGACGACUCACGAGAGAUAAGACCAAGGCAAUUAACAAGAUUGGGCACGGGUUGCACCUUCUAGACUCCGUUUUUCGCAAAGUUACUCUAGAAAACGAGAAAUUGAGAUCGGUUGUGAAAGACCUUCGUUUUCAUCAUGAUCCUGUUGCACUCCAAUCCAUGGUUAUCUUUAAGCAGCCUGAAAUCGGUGGUGCAGUCCCUGAGCAUAACGAUUCAACGUUUUUGUAUACAUCUCCCCCCACCGCCCUGGGAUUUUGGAUACCCUUAGAACGCUGCACUCCAUCGAACGGGGCACUCUCGUUUCUGCCCGGCUCUCACCUCACUGCGCCGAUAACAAAGCGUUUUGUUCGGCUUGCUCGUGGCGGAACUGGAUUUGAAUCAGUCCUGACUCCAGAUUCACCCAAACCGGAUACUGUUUCUGAGAGGAAUUACAUUUUAGAACUCUGCGAACCAGGCGAGUACCUAGUCCUCAUCCACGGCAGUGUCUUGCACAAGUCCGAGAGAAACACGAGCUUUCGAACUCGAUACGCAUACACUUUCCAUAUGAUCGAUUCGCCUCCUUACGCUAAAUAUGAUGAGAAGAAUUGGCUCCAACCAACACAGUCAAUGCCCUUCCCAAAGGUACUUGACGCCCCGCUCAAAGACACGAUUUCCGCAACUGCAUCUUGA